GCAGCCUCUGCCACCAGGUUCCAGCAAUUGUCCUGCCUCAGCCACCUAGGUAGCUGGGAUUACAGGCACAUGCCACUAUGCCCAGCUAAUUUUCUAUUUUUAGUAGAGAUGGUAUUUCAUCAUGUUGGCCAGGCUGGUCUCAAACUCCUGACUUCAGGUGAUCCACCUGCCUCUGCUUCCCAAAGUUACAGGAUUACAGGCGUGAGUCACUGCACCCAGCCAGGCAUGGGCUUUUUAAGCACAUAGACCUACAUUCAAAUUGUGGCUCCUUCUGAUUGUGUCAAGCUGUAUGAGUUACCUGUUAGUUUUUUUUAAUUUUUCUUUCUUCAUCUGCAAAAUGGGCUUAGUGAGAAUGAAAAAGGAAAUUGAAAUUAAAUUUUAUUUAAAAUGAAAUAAUGUAUGGACAGCAGCUUAUCUUGAGGACUGGGACACUAUAGAGUUAAGACCAAUCUUAUAAGGAAUUUAAUAGAAAUGUAUAACUUCACCAUGUAGUCAUUGUUAACAAGCCCUUAAAAAGGGCCAUUAGGUUUGGUUGUGGGGCAGUUCAACAAGCACCUGUGUCCCAGGUAUCCUACUUAAUCUCAUUAAUAUAUAGAUUCCAUCCAAGAUUUUGCAUGUAAAGCAGAGGCCAGCAAACUUUUUCUUUUCCUGAGACAGCGUUUCACUCUUUCACCCAGGCUAGAAACUGCAACUUCUGCCUUCUGAGUUGAAGCAGUUCUCCUACUUCACCCUCCCAAGUAGCUGGGACUACAGGUGCAUGCUACCAAACCCGGCUAAUUUUUGUAUUUUUUGGUAGAGACAGGGUUUCACCAUGUUGUCCAGACUGGUCUCAAACUCCUGACUUCCAACUGAUCCACCCACCUCAGCUUCCCAGAGUGCUGGGAUUACAAGCAUGAACCACUGCCUGGCCAGCAAACUUUUUCUAUACAGGGCUAGAAAUACGCUUUCGGGAAAUGGCCUCUAAAUCCUGGCUGAAUAUUUUAAUCUUCCUCUGUGGAUCAGCAAUAGGAUUUCUUUUAUGUUCUCAGCUAUUCAGUAUUUUCUUGGGAGAACAGGGUGACACCCAGCCUAAUGUUCUUCAUAAUGAUCCUCAUGCGAGGCAUUCAGAUGAUAAUGGAGAGAAUCAUCUAGAAGGACAAAUGAACUUCAAUGCAGAUUCUAGCCAACAUAAAGAUGAGAACACAGACAUCGCUGAAAACCUCUAUCAGAAAGUUAAAAUUCUUUGCUGGAUUAUGACAGGCCCUCAAAACCUAGAGAAAAAGGCCAAACAUGUCAAAGCUACGUGGGGGCAGCGUUGUAACAAAGUGUUGUUUAUGAGUUCAGUAGAAAAUAAAGACUUCCCUGCUGUGGGAUUGAAAACCAAAGAAGGCAGAGAUCAACUAUAUUGGAAAACAAUUAAAGCUUUCGAGUAUGUUCAUGAACAUUAUUUAGAAGAUGCUGAUUGGUUUUUGAAGGCAGAUGACGACACAUAUGUCAUACUAGACAAUUUGAGAUGGCUUCUUUCAAAAUAUGACCCUAAAGAACCCAUUUACUUUGGGAGAAGAUUUAAGCCCUAUGUAAAGCAGGGCUACAUGAGUGGAGGAGCAGGAUAUGUACUAAGCAAAGAAGCCUUGAAAAGAUUUGUUGAUGCAUUUAAAACAGACAAGUGUACACAUACUUCCUCUAUUGAAGACUUAGCACUGGGGAAAUGCAUGGAAAUUAUAAAUGUACAAGCAGGAGAUUCCAGAGAUACCACUGGAAAAGAAACUUUUCAUCCCUUUGUGCCAGAACACCAUUUAAUUAAAGGUUAUCUACCUAGAACCUUUUGGUACUGGAAUUACAACUAUUACCCUCCUGUAGAGGGUCCUGGUUGCUGUUCUGAUCUUGCAGUUUCUUUUCACUAUGUUGAUUCUACAACUAUGUAUGAGUUAGAAUACCUCGUUUAUCAUCUUCGUCCAUACGGUUAUUUAUACAGAUAUCAGCCUACCUUACCUGAAAAUAUACUAAAGGAAAUUAGUCAAACAAACAAAAAUGAAGAUACAAAAGUGAAGUUAGGAAACCCUUUAAAGAAAACCAUGAAUGAACAAAGGUAAAAUGUCUAGCACUGCACUGAAGAAGGACUUCUGUAUUUCUGACAAAGAACACUGGAAUCCCAGUGAGGCAUUCUAAGUGAACAUUCCAUAUAGAAAUGGUUCACAUGAAUGACUAUAAACUGAAGCUUUAAAUGAGCUGUGAAGUCUGUUAAAAUGUUUUGAUACAGUAAUAUAUAAGUAUAUCUAUAUAUAUAUGAAGAACUUGUGUUUUUAAAAUGGUGGCCAGGUAGAAGAACUAGAAAAGAGAUUUUGUUGCCUAUUUUUGACCAUCUGUAUUAUUGUCGCUGAGAAACUAAAAUAGUUAAAUUUGCUAACACUACACUGCAUUAUGUUAGUAAUAACAGAUCUGCCUUAAAGAAAAUUUUAGGAAUAUUGUUGCUCAGUGUUGUUAAUACAGCUCAAGAAUUUAGUUUAUAUUUGCAGUAUGAUAUAAAUGAUCCAAUCCCCCACACACACAUACACAUAAUUUUUGUCUAAUGAAACUUUUGCUGUGAUUAUUUAAAAUUGGCAGUAUUUCUUCCAGAAGAAGGUAAAGUAGGAGUGGCACUUAUCCUGAAGUGCAUUAAUAAAACCACACUUUAAAAUUAUCAUGGGCCUUGACUAUUUUAAUACUUGAUUUUAAUUAGUAAUCUUUUAUGGGAUCUCUGUUGUCUCUUUUCUAAAUAUGUUUAGCCACUCUUGAAUACCUUUCUCCACUAUUAAUAUUAAUUUACUCAAAGCAUUCAUAGCAUUCUGUAAACAUGUAUUUUAUAAUAUUUGCUCCCAAAUUUACCCAUUGUUAACUAUGGGUAACUAAUAAUAAAUUUAAUGCUAUUUGAGGAUGCUUUUCUUAUAUCAGUGCCACUCUCAGGAAUUACUAAGUAACAUUUGAAAUUAAUUAUUUUAAACUCUUUUCAACUACAUAGUUAUGGUUUCUUUCAUUCUCAUCCUGUUGAGAGAUGAAAACUUGUUUGUGCCUUUCAUAACUUGUUUAAAGCAGAAUUUUACAUUCAUUUUUAGGAUCUGAGGUGGCUAUUAGUUACCCUGGCAAGAUUCUUUUGAAUGCAAGAUUUUGACGGGAAUAAAUUAAAAACAAUAGAAAAUGCAGAGUGCUUAAACAAAAAUGUUAUAUAUUGAAAGAGUAGUUACUUAAUUUAUAAAUAACAGUCUGAAGGUUGAUGCUGACUUUACUAUUUUGGGAUAAUUGUUUUGCCAAUGGAUAAUUCUAACAAUGCAGAUUACCUAGUCAAGACUAUCAUCAAAAACAUUCACAAAUGUUUCAUUCUAUUUUUAGUGACUCUCUGUUUAAAGAGUCUCUGAAAGGAAAGAAAAUUAUUUUUAUUAUCUUUAACAAUACUGAGUAUGUCAUAAUAGACUAUUUUACAGAUUUUCUAUGAGAUUUUUAAUGGUACAAAAGAUUUACAUUUCUCCUAUGUUUAUCAUUAUGCCAAUUUGACAUGGCUGUCAUGCCACUGACUCUGCUGUUUAGCUAAGUAAUUUCUUUUUUUAAAGAAAGGAGUGCGAUCUCAGCUCACUGCAACCUCUGCCUCCUGGGUUCAAGUGAUUCUCCGGCCUCAGCCUCCAGGUAGCUGGGAUUACAGGUGCGUGCCACCAUGCCUGGCCAAUUUUUGUAUUGUUACUAAAGAUGGGGUUUUACCAUGUUGGCCAGGCUGGUCUUGAACUCCUGACCUUGGGUGAUCAACCCACCUCAGCCUCCCAAAGUGCUAGGAUUACAGGCGUGAGCCAUAGAGCCCAGCUAGCUAUAUAAUUUCUAUUUAUUGUGCCAAAACAUGUCAAAAUCAUGACCUCUUUGAAGGGUAUAUUUGAGAGGAUGUUCAUUUCAUUGGCUAACCAUGGACUACUCUAUCUACGUAGUAAAAACAUACACCAGUUUUUUACCUAUUAUCAUGGUAGUACGGCAUUCAUUUUAUUCUUUGAACAACUCUUUACCAUGGUGUGGACAUGAAUUUUCAUAUGUGUUACUUGACUAGAAGUAUAAUUAGUUUACUAUAAAUAUCCAAAACCUUAAGAUUUGCUCAUAGGAAAUGAAUGUUGUGAUGAAUCCUGGGCGUUAGAGUCAGACUUGCUUGGGUUUAAAUUCUUGCUCCAACGCUUACUGUUUUCGUAACCUUGAGCAAUUUUACUUAAUCUCUCUGUGUCUCAGUUUCCUCAUCUCGAAAUUAGGGAUGAUAAUACUACCUACCUCACAGGAUUUUUAUGAGGAUUAAAUAAAUGUAAUGUUCUUAGAACACUGUCUGUCCCAGAAUAGGUAGCAAUAAAUAGAAGAUUGUAUUAUUACUAUAUUACAUUGGAGUAUAAAGACUGCAUUUAAGUGAAUGAAAAAUUUGCUUUGACCAGAUACUGAAGGAAAUAUUUCAUACAUUUCUUAAUAAGUCAUAGUAUUUAUUGAGUGCCUACAGUAUGCUAGGUACUGUGCUUAGAUAAUCUGUGUAUAAUGUUAAUCCUCAAAAUUUGGGAUAAGGAAACUGAGUCUCGGGGAAUUAAAGUAAUUUUGUUACUGUCACAAAGCCAGUAAGUUACAAGUAGGAUUUAUAUUCAAAUCCUGUGUGUUCAUUUGAACCAUAUCAGACUUGGGGUUAGUCAUUUAGCAUUAUUUCCAUUUUUAUUUUUAUGAUAUGUGACAUCUGAUACAUUGGCCAGUAAUAGUCAAAUUAACACAGCGAAAAUGUCAUAAUAAUUCUUAAACUGUGGUUCUCACGCUUGCCUAGGGCAUUGUUAAAAUGCAGAUCUGAAGACUCCCAAUCUCAGAAAUUUUAAUUUAACCAUGGUGUGGUCCCAACAAAUAGCAUCAACACCACCUGGGAACUUGUUGGAAAUGCAGCCUCUCUCAGGGCCCCAUCUCAAAUCUACUAAAUCAGAUACUCUAGGAGCAGCGGCAAGAGCUAGCAGUUGUGUUUAAGCAAACUCUGCAGGUGUCUUUCUCAUCCUAGUUUGAGAACCACUGCCCAACAACCUACAUGAUUUUGGUGCAAAUAGUGUUUGAAACACGCUGAAGAUUACUGCCCCAUUUCUAAGACAUUUUUCAAAAAGCAUGUUUUAUAUCAGUGUAGUCCAGGAUCAUACUAUAUCAAAUGUGAAAGAAAGAUCAUUUAAAUGGUCAUCGAAUCAUUCAUUUUGAUCAAAUUUUAACUUCUCCAAAGCGACUAAAAUCAGGGCUCACAAUAAAAUCCAUAAUUCUCCAAAUUCAGCAAUUUUAUAUUGAGGCAGGAAGGGUUCAUUAAGUACUAAUAGGUACUUCAUAGAGCACAUAAAACCAGACUUCAUGAUGAUGGUGUAUUUUAGAUUAAGAUCUUCGUUAUUUGGAUAAAUGAUUUUAGUAUGGUUUCAAAACAUAAGGCUUUUGAUGUCUUAUGUUCUCUAAUAAUGGUUUGCUUGUAUUUUCUAGUGGAAAGUUAAUAGAUAAAGCAGAUUUUUGUCCCAGUUUGUUUUCAAAUACCGUAAAUUUCAGAGGAGUUUUGCUUACUGUAAUGAGAUAUGAAAAUAAAUCACUGAUCAGCUUUUAGUAUUUUUUGAAUGUGGAAUUGGGUUUGAGUAUUAUUACAUUUGCUAACAGGUUAUUUUCACUUUUUUUCUUGAAUAUUAAUUUUUCACUGCUUUGAGACUGUCAAAUUAUAGUUAUUACCAGGUUGAUGCACUAUUGUACUUGAAAGAAUCCCUUGACUGAUUAAAUUAUAUCUAGCAUCCCAUUUGCCAUUUACAUUUUCAGUUCAUUAGACUAUUAUUCUUUGACAGUUUCUGCUUUGUAUUUAUUGCCUUUUUUAUUUGCUUUACUACUAACUUCCAUUUUCUAGUUACUCUUAAAUGCUGCCUUCACAGGGUAAUUUGGCUGUUAAUAGUGAUUAGAAUUUUUAUUACUUAGUUGAUAAUUUUAAACCUACUAACUAGGUUUCCCUAUGAGAUUGAAAGUAAAAGUCUGCCUAAGAAUAAUGCCUGCUGGCUCUCAAGAUACUUGCCCUACUUAAAAAAUGCAUAAUUUUAAAUUAAUUCUACAUCUAUAAUUAUUAAAGGAAGUAAAGUUAUUUGGAUUCUUCUCACCCUUUUCUCAAAAAAAAGAAAAAAAAAGUAUUUGCUUUAUUUUUCUACUUUAUAGUACGCCUGACAGAAACAUACUAAAGCAAUCUGGGAGACAACCUGUGGUAGAUUUUAUGCUAAAUGUUAAUGUUACCUCUGUUGAUUAAAAAAAAUGUGUUUAUAUAUAAUAAAAUUUUUAACACAGGCUGAAAUAAGGAAUCUUACAAAUUCUCUGUAGAGAAACCAAGUCUAAAGUUUUAGAGUUGAAUUGUGCUCUAUUUCAUGCCCUUACCAUUCUAGUUUUCAGUUUAUAUUAGUUAAGUUUUAAUAACUUUGCAGGGCCCUGCAAAUUAAUAAUCUAUAUGAAGUAUAUUAUUAGAGGGAAACUAAUCUUACUGCUAAGCAGUGUGCUGUACUAGUGAAUGUGUUUUGGAAUUUAAAAUUAUUUAAGGUAAUUGUGUUAUGAAUGGUUUAAAUAUGUCUGGUGACUUGCUUAUUUUAAGUGAUCACCAUUAAGUCAGAAAAAUGUAUUUUUUAAUGUUUCUUAAAGUGCCUUUUGAACAUUUUUAAACAGCAGAUUUAAAUAAUGCAUAAAAUAAAUUACCAUGUUCAAAGUUG